GACUAUUGCAAUAAGUCAUCUUGAAGUAUCUAACCAGCGCAUCUGUUUGAGUCGUGGUUCUGAAGCGGAAACGAUGAAUCAAAAGCGAUGAAACAUUAACUUGCGUUAUUAAGCGGCGCCUGUGUAACAACGGUGUCGGCGAAUGACGCCCCCUGCUGGCCGUCCCGCCGGCCUCAGCAGUAAAGCCGACGUGUCCCACUCUCUCGGCAGCCUGAGCGGACAGAUGGAGGCUCCCACCACCGGCAGUAUGGAAGGAAGCGGAGCAAUGGCAGAAAACCCGUUUGAACCGUACUUCGAGUCACUUCGCCAGCAACUGGAGGACCAGGACCCGACGUUUGUCAUCGCGGUCAUCGUCGCUAUCGCAGUGGUUGUCAUCACCUGCCUUUUUCUGAAAUACACGCUCACGAGUAAGAGUGUGAGAAGUGCUGUGCUGCUGGUCGGCCUGUGUGAUUCGGGGAAAACGCUUCUCUUCUGCAGGUUGCUGACAGGAGGAUUCAGGCGGACGCAGACCUCCAUCACAGAUAGCAGCGCUCCGUACAAAGCCAAGAACGAUCGGGGCAGCACCUGGACUCUGAUCGACCUGCCGGGUCAUGACAGUCUCCGCCCACAGUACUUGGACAAAUUUAAAUCUGCUGCCAGGGCCAUCGUGUUCGUGGUCGACAGUGCCAUUUUCCAGAAGGAGAUCAGAGACGUGGCCGAGUUCCUGUACGUCCUCCUGACAGACUCGGUGAUCUCAACAAACGCCCCGAACUUCGUGAUUGCCUGCAACAAACAAGACAUCACCAUGGCCAAAUCAGCUAAACUGAUUCAGCAGCAGCUGGAGAAAGAGCUGAACACGCUCCGAGUGACCCGCUUGGCGGCGCUCAGCGCUCAGGACGGCUCUGAAGCAGGAAGCGUGUACCUCGGGAAGAAAGGAAAGGACUUUGAGUUCAGCCAGCUUCCCAUGAAGGUGGAGUUCCUGGAGUGCAGCGCCCGCGGCAGCAAAGGAGAGGAGGGUGAUGCUGAUAUGGAGAGCCUGGAGAGAAGUCUGGCCAAGCUGUGAACACCCCAUCAUGAACACGGCAGCUUUCAUGACAACAUGGAUGUGAACAUGGAAGCUGAUGAACUCUAGCCCGCUGUACAAUCAGGUGUGGACAUCAGAGCUGACUCGAGAAACACAGCCGAUGGUGUUUUGAUCCGAUUUUUUUUUUUCACUGCCAAUAGUUUGAAACCAGGGUUUGGAUUUUCUGCUGCUUGUUUUCAGACUUAUUUAAAACAAUAUAAGGCUUUUCAGAAGACUGUCAGUGUGAGAUCAUUCAGAUGUUACGGCUCAGAAUCAGAGUAAGUGAAUAAAGAGUUUUGUUUUGUUGACUUGAAACAUAAAAAGUGCCUUUGAUUCAACAUA